CAGGAGGAGGAGAGCGAAGCUAUUGAGCCAGCGAGGAGUGAAGCUGAGUCGGCCUCAUACACUCCUGGAGGACCGCCUCCAGAAUAGAGUUCUUUUCGCCCCUUCCUCCUUCUCCCAGCUCCUCUCCUGGCCUUUCUACCCGCCCAGUACAAUGCAUGCUCGAGUGGCAGCCCCAGAGAACUGAAGCAAACCAAAGAGAGAGGAGGACUGGAGCCAAGACACUUCUGGUGGGGAAGCUUGGAUGCCUGGCUUUCUUUGAGGUCAUCUUUGGAACAAGGGUGGCUUUGGGGUGGAGGGUCGUGCUGCAGGGAACCCAGCCAGGCCCCAAGAUGGACACUUCUGGGCACUUCCAUGACUCGGGGGUGGGGGACCUGGAUGAAGACCCCAAGUGUCCCUGUCCAUCCUCUGGGGAUGAGCAACAACAGCAACAGCCACCGCCACCACCGCCAGCGCCGCCAGCAGUUCCCCAACAGCCUUCAGGACCCUUGCUGCAGCCUCAGCCUCCGCAGCUUCAGCAGCAGCCGCAGCAGCCUCAGCAGCAGCAGCAGCAGCAGCAGCAGCAGCAGCAGCAGCAGCAGGCGCCACUGCAUCCCCUGCCUCAGCUUGCCCAACUCCAGAGCCAGCUUGUCCACCCCGGUCUGUUGCACUCCUCUCCCACGGCUUUCAGGGCUCCCACUUCGGCCAACUCCACCGCCAUCCUCCACCCUUCCUCCAGGCAAGGCAGCCAGCUAAAUCUCAAUGACCACUUGCUUGGCCACUCUCCAAGUUCCACAGCCACAAGUGGGCCCGGUGGAGGCAGCCGGCACCGGCAGGCCAGCCCCCUGGUGCACCGGCGGGACAGCAAUCCCUUCACGGAGAUAGCUAUGAGCUCGUGCAAAUACAGCGGAGGGGUCAUGAAGCCCCUCAGCCGCCUCAGCGCCUCUCGGAGGAACCUCAUCGAGGCCGAGCCUGAGGGCCAACCCCUCCAGCUCUUCGGUCCCAGCAACCCCCCAGAGAUUGUCAUCUCCUCCAGGGAGGAUAACCAUGCCCACCAGACUCUGCUCCAUCACCCCAACGCUACCCACAACCACCAGCAUGCCGGCACCACAGCCGGCAGCACCACCUUCCCCAAAGCCAACAAGCGGAAAAACCAAAACAUUGGCUAUAAGCUGGGACACAGGAGGGCCCUGUUUGAAAAGAGAAAGCGACUGAGUGACUAUGCUCUGAUUUUUGGGAUGUUUGGAAUUGUUGUUAUGGUGAUAGAGACCGAACUGUCUUGGGGUUUGUACUCAAAGGAUUCCAUGUUUUCGUUGGCCCUGAAAUGUCUUAUCAGUUUAUCCACCAUCAUCCUGCUUGGUUUGAUCAUCGCCUAUCACACAAGGGAAGUCCAGCUCUUUGUGAUCGACAACGGUGCAGAUGACUGGCGGAUAGCCAUGACCUACGAGCGCAUCCUCUACAUCAGCCUGGAGAUGCUGGUGUGUGCCAUCCACCCCAUUCCUGGAGAGUACAAGUUCUUCUGGACCGCACGCCUGGCCUUCUCCUAUACCCCUUCUCGGGCAGAGGCUGAUGUGGACAUCAUCCUGUCCAUCCCCAUGUUCCUGCGCCUGUACCUGAUCGCCCGAGUCAUGCUGCUACACAGCAAACUCUUCACUGAUGCCUCAUCCCGAAGCAUUGGGGCCCUCAACAAGAUCAAUUUCAACACCAGAUUCGUCAUGAAGACACUCAUGACCAUCUGCCCUGGCACGGUGCUGCUGGUGUUCAGCAUCUCUCUGUGGAUCAUCGCCGCCUGGACCGUGCGAGUCUGUGAAAGGUACCACGACCAGCAGGAUGUAACUAGUAACUUUCUGGGUGCCAUGUGGCUCAUCUCCAUCACGUUCCUUUCCAUUGGUUAUGGGGACAUGGUGCCCCACACAUACUGUGGGAAAGGUGUCUGUCUUCUCACCGGCAUCAUGGGUGCAGGCUGCACCGCCCUCGUGGUAGCUGUGGUGGCCCGGAAGCUCGAACUCACCAAAGCAGAGAAGCAUGUUCACAACUUCAUGAUGGACACUCAGCUCACCAAACGGAUCAAGAAUGCCGCCGCCAAUGUCCUCCGGGAGACGUGGUUAAUCUAUAAACACACAAAGCUGCUAAAGAAGAUUGACCACGCCAAAGUCAGGAAACACCAGAGGAAGUUCCUCCAAGCUAUCCACCAACUGAGGGGUGUCAAGAUGGAGCAAAGGAAGCUGAGUGACCAGGCCAACACCCUGGUGGACCUUUCCAAGAUGCAGAACGUCAUGUAUGACUUAAUCACAGAGCUCAAUGACCGGAGCGAAGACCUAGAGAAGCAGAUUGGCAGCCUGGAAUCCAAGCUAGAGCACCUCACAGCCAGCUUCAAUUCCCUGCCCCUGCUCAUCGCAGACACCCUGCGCCAGCAGCAGCAGCAGCUGCUCACUGCCUUCGUGGAGGCCCGUGGCAUCAGUGUGGCAGUGGGAACUAGCCACGCACCUCCCUCUGACAGCCCGAUCGGGAUCAGCUCCACCUCCUUCCCAACCCCAUACACAAGUUCAAGCAGUUGCUAAAUAAAACUCCCCACUCCAGAAGCAUUACCCAUAGGUCUUAAGAUGCAAAUCAACUCUCUCCUGGUCGCUUUGCUAUCAAGGAAGUUUCAGACCAGGGACCGGAAAGAAGAGAGAUGGAGCUGAUGAGCUAACUCAAUGUUCUUUCAGCGUGCUUUGCUCGAUAUGCCUUGAAACCAGAAAUCUAAUCUCUGUUUAGGUGCCUCUACUUGGGAGCUGGAAGAGGAGGUGACAGGAAGUGGUGCCUCUGUCGGGGGGCCCCUGCGGCAGAGCUGGCGGAGAACAGAAAUCCUUGCUCAAUCUCAGGUUUUCACAGGGAGGUGGGAAGGGGCAGCAACUCUGAAGCAGCUGAGGGUGAAAGCCAGCCAAAGUGGGAUGCACUGGCCAAGGGUGGUCACAGGUUUGGGAAGUGGACUCCCGGCUGCCUCGGGACCUCAGCACACCUCUCUCCCAUCCUUUUGUCCAGGGAAGGCCCUGGGUGGUAAAAGUAGAAAGAGAGCUAGCUGCCCAGAACUUUCCAAAAUGGACAUACUCAAAUUAGAUUGGGUGUGUGUGUGUGUGUGUGUGUGUGUGUGUGUGUGUGUGUGUGUGUGUGUGUGUGACACAGACAAAUAAAAAGCCAGAUUUUCCAUCCAAUAACAAUAUCGAACACAUACACACACAGCUGUUCUAGCCAGGUCCUUUUUUGUUUGAGUUGAGCCUAAAUGAAAGGGACCUGGUGCCUUGCUGUGCACACAGUGAGUGAGCUCCAAAUCUGUACUGAGACAAAGUGUGAGGUGUGUUCUCCUGAGGAAGUUAGCAAGUACUGGCCACAUUCUGCAUCACUGAAGAUGCAGGUCCCUCCUUCACCAUGUCCUGGGCACACACCCUGCCUGAUCCAAGCAGAUGCCAACCCCUAAUUGUCGGCAUUCUGGAGGGAUAGGCAGCCAUCUAAAAAUAACAGCUUUUGAAGAGUCUUCUUCCAGCCAAGUAAGCUGCGCGCUGAUGGGCCCUGCGUUCUCAGGUGUCUGUGUGUGAGAGAUGAGGGGACAAGUGUGCCCAAGGCCACUGUCGUGGAAAGAGCUAUUGUCUGGCCUUUGCCGAGGCAUCUUCACCCAGCAGCAGGUUCUGCCCUAGAUGUAGGCGUGUGAAAGGGUCAGUGCGUCCCUGCUGAGUUGGGGGAAGGAUGGAGAGCGGUCCCUGUGGUCCUUCUACCUUACCUGACGUCACCUCAAAAUGAAACACUGUGAGAACACAGGGAGCCCCAGGAAACGUGUGUAAAACGAGAGGGGUACAUUUGUUAGAAGCCUGUUCCUAUUGCACCAUGUACAUCUUGGGGCAAAAACUACUCCUCUGAAUCUCAAAGUCCGAGAGACUCCGGAGACAUCUAGGUCCAGGACAGGGACAGGCGCUUGAUUUUUGUUUUUUUCUUUCAUUGCUCUAUGAUCUGACCAUACACAGCAGCUGUGACGUGAAAACCGUCAUCUCUUUUAUCACUUUCCCCACUUCAGAGGUUCCCUGAGUUCUGCUUGUAAGAGCUCAUGUAUGGAAUAUUUUAUCUGUCUUUGGUAGAAGGAAGGGUAUUAUCUGUGUUUGGUUGCCGUCUUGAAAGUAGCCCUGUGACCGGCUAUCCCGGCCACCCUGGAGGCGCUGCCUUGCUGUUCGGGUUUUUCUUGUGCAAUGCUGGACCUGGUCCUCUCAGGACAGGGGUUUGCUGGAUGGUGAGGCAGACCACCGUGGCGUGGAGACCACUCUUCGGUCUUGUGCUGAGUCUCUUGUUUGUCCUGCUGUCUUGCUGCUGCUCUCUUGUGUUUUAUCCUGCAGUGCUGGAGACCAGCCCUGCGGCCUCUUGCGUGCGAGACGAGCGCUGUUGUCUUAAUGGCCUGUCUUCUUGAUGGUCUAUCUGGAGCACUCCCCUGAGCAUUUGCAUUAGCACACCAGAGAGGCCACAUGUGUCGUUAGCGUUUAAUUCUCUUUACUUGUUCUUUUAAUUAUUAAUUAUCUGAAAGAUUAUUUUUAUCCCAAGAAUGGUAUUCCUGUUUUCAGCUUAACCAAACCUACAGGAAAUGUAUACAAACAGUUGAAAUAGCCAUGUGGCUUCUUUGUAGCAUUGGUUGCAUUUCACAAACUGAAGGCUCCUGGGGGCCCACUUCCUGGUCAUUUGGCCUAUAGACCUCAACUGUUUCUUCCUGCUCUCUCCUCGCAUCCUGCUGUGAUCCUGUGCUGUGUGGUGGUAGGCAUGGCACAGCUUGGGAUUUAGCCUCCAUUUCACACAAAUGCCCUGCAAGAUCCCUCUGCCUCUCCUGCCUCAUCUCCAUCCUGGUCUGGAAGUAGUCUAAAAAUCUGUCUUUUUGUUGAUGUUCUUGCUAAGUAAACCCCGGAGACUAAGCUAGCAAUGCUCGGCAAGAGAAUGGCUGGAGUUGUUCCCAGGAGGGUACCCCUAGCAUUGGAGAGAUGUGUGGACAUUUGUAGGGUAGCCUGGGCCAUUGGUAGUGCAAUAACUGUGUGUGGCUUUGUCUCUAGCAAAAGAAUAUACCUCGUAAAAAGGGACAGGAUCUGAAGGUUGGUUCUGCGAUGGCAAAUAAACUGUGCUUCUCUGUCCUAGUAUUUCAGCUUGAUGUGGGAAGUAAUACUUCUCUUGCAAAUACAAUCAAUCCUUGGUGACCUAGGUGUUGGGGAUCUUGGUUAUAGCUCACACCGAUAUAUUCCUGCAUCUUUUGGCUGAUCCCACAUCACCUGAGCAUCUCGGUCGGUGGGGGAAGGAGGCUAACGCACCCUAUGGCUGUGUGGUUGUGGUAGUGGGACAGGUUUGAUUCUCAAGAGUGGGCAGUGUAUUAAAACCAUGAAUUACUGUAAUGUCACUCUAGCCUUGAACUGGUCGAACUCCACCGACUCCUAGAAGGCUGACCAGUGGCAGACACCCUCCUACCAUCUUUCCAGGAAUGCAGUAGCAGACAGAAGCACUCCAAUAUUUCCCCCAAGUAUCUGGACACUUGAAUUAAAAAC